AUGGGUAAAUGCCGUUGCAGACGUUGCGGAAAUAUAAUAAUACGUGGUGAGGAUCACACUUGCUUCAUUCACAAGAAAUUAGACUACAGGUAUUCAAUACAACAGCGAGCAGAAUCCGAUGACAACCUUGAAGAAGGAAACGAUAAAUCUACGGAAAAUUCGAAUGACAAUUCUCAGAAUUUAAUUCAAGCUUUUGGACGAAACGAAAGUAAAAGAUCAGUGCUCAGAAGUUUGCUUCUAUUUCAAAAUAAUGAAAGUAACAAGUCUACGAAAUCUGCAGGGAGCUCCAACUAUGCCCAACUAAGAAAUCCUUCUAAUAGUUCAUAUUUUCAUCCCAUUUCAGAUUUUCAAGCGAUUCAAGUCCAAACAAAUAAAAAUGCCUCUUUUACGGCUUCUUCAGAAAAUGCUGAAUCUAAUAACAUACAUGAAAAUGACUUUUUCGAAACUUUUAACAGAUCACAAGCUGCUGCCGGAUCGAGUGGUAUUGAUAUACCAAAUCAAAUUGGAUCGGAUCUGAUGCAUGCGAAACCUGAUGAAGAAUGUAAAAUAUCUCUUGAAGAGAGCAAAUCGCAGUCUUUGAAAAAAGAUAAAAAGGAUUUUAUGGAUGAUUUAGAAUAUGUUAUCAGAAAUGCUCUUUCAGAAAAUAACAAUAAUGUUUCUGGAAAUGCGAAUUCAACUGAGAAUCCUGAUCUGCCGCCAAGACAUAAAGAGCCGAAAAAUUGCAAAAUGCAAGUGUCAGAAUGUGUAAAUGAUGAACAUAUUUCAUCCGAAGUACACUCUCAGGUGCAAAGUAAGAAGACGAAAAUGACUACCUACGUGAAUGAACCUCAUUCUACCAAAAAAGAUGGCAAUGCUGCGGCUGGACCUUCAGGAAUCUGUGCCCGUAAGAAAAAAUUUCCUAAGACCUGCAGUAGGAAAGAUACUCUUAAACCGAAUUAUCAAACACACACUGGCAAUGAGCCCUUUAUGUGCAAUAUAUGUAAGAAAAAAUUCUCUUCUAAAUCAGAUUUCGACCGACAUUACAGAACGCACACUGGCGAAAAGCCAUAUGAAUGCGGUAUAUGCGGAAAAAAAUGCAGUCUGAAAAGUAAUCUCAUCAUCCAUUAUCGAAUACAUACUGGCGAAAAGCCUUCUGAAUGCGGUAUAUGCGGAAAAAAAUUCAGUCACAAAUCAUAUAUCAUCAUCCAUUAUCGAGUACAUACUGGCGAAAAGCCUCAUGUGUGUGAAUUUUGUAAUAAAGGUUUUUCUCUAAAGGGUAAUCUUAAUAGGCAUGUAAGGACGCACAUUGGAGAAAGGCCAUAUAAAUGCCCAGCUUGUGAAAAGUCUUUCACAAACAGAAGAGAUUGCAUUAGUCAUCACAAAAGAAAGCACGAGUGA